AUGGAUAUUCACUGCAAAGCAGAUCCAUUCACGGCGAUGCACCUCUCCCACAUAGGGCAUGGGGGUGUGAACCAGCUCGGAGGGGUGUUUGUGAACGGCAGACCCCUACCUGACGUGGUUCGGCAGAGGAUCGUGGAGCUGGCACACCAAGGGGUCAGACCGUGUGACAUCUCCAGACAGCUCCGGGUCAGCCACGGCUGUGUCAGCAAAAUUCUGGGCAGAUACUACGAAACUGGCAGUAUUAAACCUGGAGUUAUUGGCGGUUCCAAACCAAAAGUAGCCACUCCAAAAGUUGUGGAUAAAAUUGCAGAAUAUAAGCGGCAGAACCCCACCAUGUUCGCCUGGGAGAUCAGAGACCGACUUCUCGCCGAGGGAGUGUGUGACAACGACACGGUUCCAAGCGUCUCUUCCAUCAACAGGAUAAUACGGACCAAAGUUCAGCAGCCCUUCCAUCCAUCUCCAGAUGGGACAGGAACUACCCUCACCACAGCAGGACACACUAUAGUGCCUAGCACAGCCUCCCCACCUGUAUCAAGUGCAUCGAAUGACCCGGUGGGCUCCUACUCCAUCAACGGCAUCCUCGGAAUCCCUCGCUCCAACGGCGAAAAGAGAAAACGCGAUGAUGUUCUCUGGAGUGGCAACCACUUGGAUGGGAAGAAAAUAGGAUAUUAUGGCUCAGAUGGCUCUGGCCCAAACAGUGAUUCUCAGGGUAGUGUGGAGAGUUUACGAAAGCACCUGAGGGCUGAUGCCUUCACUCAGCAGCAGCUGGAGGCUCUGGACCGGGUGUUUGAGCGGCCAUCGUACCCCGACGUCUUCCCAACAUCAGAGCACAUCAAGCCAGAGCAGGCUAACGAAUACUCCUUACCAGCACUGAACCCAGGACUGGACGAGGUCAAGCCCAGCCUAUCCACCAGCGCCAGCUCCGAACUGGGCUCCAGCGUUUCCCAGAGCUACCCAGUAGUGACAGGUCGAGACAUGGCCAGCACGACACUCCCAGGUUACCCCCCUCACGUCCCCCCCACUGGGCAAGGCAGCUACCCCACCUCAACACUUGCUGGAAUGGUUCCUGGAAGUGAUUUUUCAGGAAACCCCUACUCCCAUCCACAAUACACAACCUACAAUGAAGCUUGGAGGUUCAGCAACCCUGCACUAUUAAGUUCCCCUUAUUAUUAUAGUGCCGCGUCCCGGGGCUCGGCCCCUCCCACUGCUGCCACUGCCUAUGACCGCCACUAG